CUGCCAGCCCCACCAGCUGUGUGAUCACAUACUGGUCCUCGUUGCCUCAGUUUCACUGCAUGAUGGGUCAGUAUUUGUGGUGAUGCUGUGGUCUGUGGACAAGGGGAGAGGAUGGGCAGCCGCUGGAGGACAGGCUUAAUCCAGCAGCCACAUUGGGUUCUGCUGUAUUGUGACAUAAGAAAUCCACCUCCCCGUGGGGAAAUGUUUGAGAGCUCAACCCCAUCAGAGCACCAUGCACCUGGCUAAGAAAGACCCUGAAGGGCAGCUGGCUAGCUGCUUUACAUGUGGUACACAGGAAAAUGAGGCUGAGAACGCGGAAAGCUUCUCAGCAGUCGAAUCAGAUCCACACACCACGUGCUUUGAGGGCAAAGAGGAAACACUCGGAGGUGGAGGAGAGCUUACCUGUCAGUGGAGGCAGGCCCGCCAAGAAUGACACCGGCCUGCUGUCGUCCAUCAAAAAGUUCAUCAAAGGAAGCACACCCAAGGAAGAAAGAGAAAAUCCUGCAAAAAGAAGUAGGAUUGAGCGGGAUAUCGAUAACAACUUGAUCACAUCCACACCUCAAGCAGGAGAAAAGCCUAACAAACAGAUCUCUCGAGUGCGACGGAAAAGUCAGAUGAAUGGAGAAGCUGGAAGUUAUGAAAUGACAAACCAACAUGUAAAGCAAAAUGGAAAACUAGAAGAUAAUCCUGCCACGGGCAGCCCCCCCCGAACCACGUUACUGGGAACCAUAUUUUCUCCUGUUUUCAAUUUUUUUUCACCAGCAAAUAAAAAUGGAACAUCAGGAUCGGAUUCUCCAGGACAAGCUGUUGAAGCUGAAGAGAUAGUCAAACAGCUUGAUAUGGAACAGGUUGAUGAGAUUACCACAAGUACUGCAACAUCAACCAACGGGGCAGCUUACACUAGCCAAGCAGUGCAGGUCAGGUCCACUGUCAACAAUGGUUUGGAAGAGGUGGAGGAAACAAAUGACCGGGACCUGCCACCACUUACAGCACCAGUAUCUCCAGACAGUGGCUACUCAUCAGCCCAUGCAGAAGCUACGUAUGAAGAAGACUGGGAAGUCUUUGAUCCGUAUUAUUUCAUCAAACAUGUUCCACCACUAACAGAAGAACAACUGAACAGGAAGCCAGCUCUUCCACUGAAAACAAGAAGCACACCAGAAUUCUCCUUAGUUCUAGACUUGGAUGAAACCUUAGUGCACUGUAGUCUAAAUGAAUUAGAAGAUGCUGCACUCACUUUUCCAGUUCUUUUUCAAGAUGUCAUUUACCAGGUGUAUGUCCGAUUAAGGCCAUUCUUCCGAGAAUUCCUGGAACGUAUGUCUCAGAUUUAUGAGAUCAUUCUUUUUACCGCUUCUAAGAAGGUGUACGCAGACAAGUUAUUGAACAUACUAGACCCUAAAAAGCAACUGGUCAGGCAUCGACUCUUCCGCGAGCAUUGUGUUUGUGUACAAGGAAACUACAUCAAGGAUUUAAACAUUCUUGGUAGAGACCUUUCAAAAACCAUCAUCAUUGACAAUUCACCGCAAGCCUUUGCUUACCAGCUUUCGAAUGGAAUUCCUAUAGAAAGCUGGUUCAUGGAUAAAAAUGACAAUGAACUCCUAAAAUUGAUUCCAUUUCUGGAGAAACUUGUAGAGCUGAAUGAAGAUGUCCGACCUCACAUCAGAGACAGAUUUCGCUUGCAUGACUUGCUACCCCCCGAUUAAAGCCUUUUGCCUCAUUACUGAAGGGGGAGAAAAUGCAGGACCCUUUUGGACUAAAACAAAACAUUGCCAUUACUGUUGAAAUUUUGCAUUUUUGUACCCCGUCUUGCUUUUCUUAUCUUUGGUGCCCAACAAUAAUCAAGGGUUACAGGAAGAGACUUUCUAUGGCUGAGGUUGAACACGUUCAGUACUCCACCGUACAAGCCCGUGGGUAGGCUAGAACAGAAGAGUCUUUAGAACUAGUGCAACUCCAACACGUUUUUGUAUGUCCAGGACAUCUGCGGUUUAUAAAGAAUUCUGUUUCUGCCACCAGCAGUUUGACCUGUAGAAACACAGGAUUUUAUGAUACAACAGAGAUUGAAAAUGGACUCGUGUUUUCUCUCUGUUCGGUGCUCUAAGUGGGUUUGUAGCCACUUUUCUGUUACUUUUAAGAUUCUCAUUUCAACAGGAAUGGCCAGUAAAAAGUUGUUUUAUUUUUCCUGUUAAGGUUUAUAACCUUUUUACAUUUUUGACCUGUAUUAGAUUAGAAUUUCAUUAUGCAUUCCUUUUAGUUGAGGCGCUUCAUAGUUUUUCUGGAAAUAGCCAAAUUUUCCUAGUUUUUUAUUAAACAGUUGAUGGCCGUUUU